CUUUUGUCUAAUGGAACAUGGAAAAGACUGGAUCCUGGAUGAGUUCUCAGACCGCACUUUAAUGCACACUAUAAUAACAUAGUUACACAUCUUAUUGAAAUUUUUUACGAUUUCUCAAAGACAUUACCUUCUAAUAAGCAGUGUCACGGUCUAUUUUAUUGUUAACUUUUCCCAUAUUUUUAGGCAAAUCAUACCCUACAUUGCAUGAAAUCCGAUCUAUCAACCGUGUACCGCAAUUAUUAAAUUACGUACCACAAUUAUUAUUAUAUAACCAAUUUGAAGAUAAAUAACUACAAUUUAUGUCCUAAUUAUAUCAGUAUCUAAAAGUGGAUAAUCCGCUAUAGCACUUAUACACCUAUUCUGAUUUGUAAAUAGAAUAGUAUCAUAAAUAUUUAUUGUUCUCGAUAUUCAAGACCAAAAUGAAGAUAAGUUUAUUAAUAUUAUUGUGUCUUAUGUAUUUUUUCAAAUUUUCCAAUGGAGCUAGAUUAUUAGGAAUAUUUGCAAUGCCAGGAAAUAGUCACUAUAUUUUAGCUGAAAAAUUAAUGAAAGGUUUUGCUGCAGCUGGACAUAAUGUAACGAUGAUAUCUCCUUAUCCAACAAAAGGAGUUCCAAAGAAUGCUUCAUGGGAAGAUGUUGUUUUAGAAGGCUUAGAUGAAGUUUACAGAGAAAAGCUCAAAGAAAUCAACUUAUACGAAGACAGCACAAGAAGUAGCUGGAAAAGAAUAAUUUCCUAUCAAAAACUAAUGUUGCACUGGGUUAACGCCACUCUCUAUCAUCCUAAGGUUAGAGCUUUAUUGACCCCAGAAAACAAAUUCGAUGCUGUUAUCAUGGAACAAUUUUUAAAUGAUGCCCAUAAAUAUUUUGCACAUUAUUUCCAGUGUCAUUUAAUUUUAAUGUCUAGCAUGGGUCCAGUAUCAUGGGUUAACAACAUAGCAACAAACCCAUUACCUCCAUCAUAUGUGGCACAUUUUUUUAACAACGGUGAAUUUUCUGCAAAUAAAUUCUGGCACAGAUUCUUUAAUCUUUUCGACUACAUUUCUGACAAUCUAGUUGAGUAUUUUUAUUUGAGGCCCCUACAAAAUGAUUUGCUUCAAAAAGCUUUUCCUGGGGCCCCUACAGUUGAAGAACUAAACGAACGUACUGCACUGAUAUUUUUAUCGUCUCAUAUGAGCUUAUUAGAGGCAGUACCUUUGGUACCAAGCAUGGUAGAAAUUGGAGGCUAUUUUAUAGAUCCACCUAAAAAGUUGCCGAAGGAUUUGCAACAAUUUUUAGAUAAUGCUACAGAAGGUGUUAUAUAUUUUAGCAUGGGUAGCAAUAUUAAAUCAAGAGACAUGCCCAUGGAAAAAAGGCAAAUGUUAUUCAAUGUUUUUACAAAGUUGAAGCAAAAAGUUUUGUGGAAAUUUGAGGAUGAAAAUGUUACUGGAAUGCCCGAUAAUGCUUUAGUUAAAAGUUGGAUGCCUCAACAAGAUAUUUUAGCUCAUCCAAAUGUAAAACUCUUCAUUACCCACGGAGGAUUUCUCAGUACUACUGAAACAAUUUAUCACGGAGUACCAGUACUUGCAAUUCCAGUGUUCGCUGAUCAAUUCAUGAACGCCAAAAAAGCUGUUCAAUACGGUUACGGCCUCAUGCUGCCAUAUCAUGACAAUCAAAACUUUAAUGAAGAAACUUUGAUUAGGCUUCUUCAAGAACUGUUGAAUAAUCCCAUUUACCAAGAAAAUGCUAAAAGACGAUCAAGAAUUUUCCAUGACAGGCCAAUAAAGCCCAUGGCGAAUGCCGUUUACUGGUUGGAGUAUGUUUUAAAACAUGACGGGGCUGAACAUUUGAAAGUUGCUGGAAGGAAAUUGCCUUUUUAUCAGUAUUUGAUACUGGAUGUUGUUGGUGUGAUACUAGUUGUGAUAAUGCUUAUUUUAUUUGUUGGAAAAGUUAUACUUUUCAAUAAAAUGUUCUCAGAUAUUAAGCCACCCAAGGAGAUUAAUAAAUUAAAAUUAGGUUAACAAUAUUGCUUCAAUUUUGUUUGCCUAUAUUGUAAAGUGCCGUUUUUUUGUAAUAAUUAAUAGAUACCUAAACGUACAGUUGUUUUUGAACUAAAUGGAAAAAUAUAGAUAAAAAUUACGCUUAC